UGAUGCAUCGCUUCCUUUCAGCCAUUAAAUUGGGCAGGGUCCAGAUUGUUGUGUUUUUACCGCAACCUAUGCGCAAUUUUGCCACACAAUGACCAAACUCUGGCACUUUAUGCAUGUUUGUAAUUUUUAUAUGGCAUAGAUGAGUAUAGCGUGUCGGCAUAUAUCGUCAUUAAGUCAAAUAAUGUCGGGAGCGGCCGCUGUAGGUGCGUCCUCUUGCAUAGGCGCAGCUGCGGCAGCUAGCUGUAGCUCCGCCGGCUCUUCCUAUGUUACAGUGGGUGGAUGUACCGGGGUGGCUGGCAGGUUGCCUGGCCGGGUUCUUGAACAUGUCUUUUCAUAUUUGGACUUGCCUGAUUUAAUGCAAUGCUCGUUAGUGUGUUGGCACUGGAAUACCACUCUCGCCGACGAAAACAGCGAAGUGUGGCGCAGUCUUUGCGCUCGCUCUCUGAGUGAAGAGGCGCUUCGAUCUGACAUUCUGUGCAACCUGCCUACCUACAAGGGGAAGCUCAAGUCCUACCAACAUGCUCUUAGCACCCACGACUGCUCCCGCAACGUUUACGUCAAGAAGAAUGGCUUCACCCUCCACCGAAACCCCAUCGCCCAGAGCACCGACGGCGCCCGCGCCAAGAUUGGCUUCUCCGAGGGGCGUCACGCCUGGGAAAUCUGGUGGGAGGGGCCCCUGGGAACCGUGGCGGUGAUCGGACUGGCCACGAAGAGGGCGAACAUGCAAUGCCAGGGCUACGUGGCUCUGCUGGGCAGUGACGACCAAAGCUGGGGCUGGAACCUCGUGGACAACAACCUGCUACACAACGGUCAAGUCAACGGCAACUUCCCUCAGUGCAACAACGCACCAAAGUACCAGAUCGGCGAGAGGAUACGGGUGAUCCUGGACAUGGACGACAAGACGCUGGCCUUCGAAAGGGGCUUUGAGUUCCUGGGCGUGGCGUUCCGCGGACUGCCCAAAGCCUGCCUGUUCCCAGCCGUGUCGGCCGUGUACGGCAACACAGAGGUCACCAUGGUGUACCUGGGCAAGCCCCUGGACGGCUAGGGCCCGUCCGCGUCGCCAAAGCCUUUGGGUGGUAUUGGGGGAUGGACCUUUCCCGGGACCUUGUUUUUAGGUUUGUGUGUGACCUUGGGGCCAGUGUACUCAGAGCUGCACCUCGCUGAAGUGGGUCGGUCUGGGCUGAAGGGGGACCUGGAUCCGGCUGGGGGGGGUGGGGGGGGUGGGGGGGGGGCUUCUUUGCGGUUCCGUUGUAUCUAUUCCAGACUCGGUGGGAUCCGGGGGAGUGGUCGUGUCAUAUAAGGUAUGUCCAUUGGUCAUGUGAUGCUGGACUCGUUCCGUUCGGUGGAAACUGCUCACGCUUACAUGAAUUUAGGUUUUUAGGCUCACCACGCCUGACCUUUUACUGGAGCAUUUUAUGUCUCUUAAGCAGGGCCAAAGCAAUCAUGAACUGUGGCCAAUACUUUUAUCCCAUAUGUGUCAUUUAAAAAGGCUAGCCAAUGUAUUAGUGAGUGUAAGCCAGUUAUCAGGGUUAACGUGGUCCUCCAUUGACUGGAUCAUUGUGCUUGACCAUGCCGACCCAGUGUGACCUGAUGUUCUCAUAUAUUUACAUCUAUCUAGAUCUAGAUAAAGAUAGGUGUGUAGAUAUAUAUCUAUGUACAGAUCAAUAUAUAUUUAUCUAGGGAUAUCUAUCUCUCUAUAUCUAUAUAUCUCCAAAUGCAGAGUUUGUACAGGCAAACAUCAGAGGUAGUUUUACGAAAGCAUGCAUUCUUUUCUGCCUCCUGUUUGCAGCGACUCCCUUGUAAAAACACCCAGAGCACUUGAGCAGAAAUGGAACCAAGAAGCCUAUUUAACCAUGUAAUGUUACUGUGUAUCACUUUUUUUUAUUGUUCUGUUGUCAUAUUAAGCAUUAUUUAUUUCUUAUUUUAUCCAUGGUACUCUUGAUGGGGUCAUGUGACCUGAAAGUAAAAGUCUAUUUGUUGCCAAUCCCAAUUAUCAGAAUAAAGAUAGCGUAAUGCCUGUG